ACAAGUAGAACACAUUUCACUUCGUUCCAUUCCAUUCGAUUGGGUUCCCAUUUUCCACUACAAACCCUAUUCCCCCAAAUUCUCAUCUAUGGGUUCCUCCGCGAUGGUAUUGGACCCAAAACCCUCGUCGGAGCCACCGCCAUCGUUCCCGGCGACAAAAUCCGACUACCUCCAGGGCGGCUUUGGUGGCGGCGAAACAGACGAGGACGACCUCUAUAGUCGCCUCAAGUCUCUCCAGCGCCAGCUCGAGUUCAUCGAUAUUCAGGAGGAGUAUGUAAAGGACGAGCAGAAGAAUCUGAAGCGCGAGUUGCUGCGGGCGCAGGAGGAGGUGAAGCGGAUCCAGUCCGUGCCGCUAGUGAUUGGCCAGUUCAUGGAGAUGGUGGACCAGAACAACGGCAUCGUCGGAUCAACCACCGGAUCCAACUACUACGUACGGAUCCUCAGCACGAUCAACCGCGAGCUGCUCAAACCCUCUGCCUCCGUUGCGCUCCACCGCCACUCCAACGCCCUUGUCGACGUCCUUCCGCCGGAGGCUGAUUCCAGUAUUUCGCUCCUCAGUCAGUCUGAGAAGCCCGACGUCACUUAUAAUGACAUUGGAGGAUGUGAUAUCCAGAAACAGGAAAUCCGUGAGGCUGUUGAGCUACCCCUUACACAUCAUGAACUAUACAAGCAAAUUGGUAUUGACCCUCCUCGUGGUGUAUUACUGUAUGGACCUCCUGGCACUGGCAAAACAAUGCUUGCCAAGGCUGUUGCUAAUCACACCACUGCUGCCUUCAUCAGGGUUGUGGGAUCUGAAUUUGUGCAGAAGUAUCUUGGUGAGGGUCCAAGAAUGGUUCGUGAUGUAUUUCGUCUUGCAAAAGAGAAUGCCCCUGCAAUUAUAUUUAUUGAUGAGGUUGAUGCAAUAGCCACUGCUAGAUUUGAUGCCCAAACUGGUGCUGACAGAGAAGUACAGCGUAUCCUUAUGGAACUUUUAAAUCAGAUGGAUGGUUUUGAUCAAACAGUUAAUGUUAAAGUCAUAAUGGCAACUAAUAGAGCAGACACUUUGGACCCUGCUCUUCUGCGUCCUGGAAGGCUUGAUCGUAAAAUUGAGUUUCCUUUGCCUGAUCGACGGCAGAAGAGGCUUGUAUUUCAGGUUUGCACAGCCAAGAUGAACUUGAGUGAUGAGGUAGACCUGGAGGAUUAUGUUUCCCGUCCUGACAAAAUCAGUGCAGCUGAGAUAGCAGCUAUUUGUCAAGAAGCUGGAAUGCAUGCUGUUCGUAAGAAUAGAUAUGUCAUAUUGCCAAAGGACUUUGAGAAGGGAUAUAGGACAAACGUGAAGAAGCCCGAUACCGACUUCGAAUUUUACAAGUGAUGAUGAUAUAGCUUUUAGAUUGGUGUGUGCUCGAAAAGUUCAUAUACAGGGUACAUUUCUAGAGGUCAUAUAUUCACGAGAAAUGACGCUUUUUUCUGUUUCUUGUCGACCUUUUAUUUUAUUAUGAAAUUUAGAUGAUUUAUUUUACUAAAUGUAUUAAUUUGUGUCAGCCUAAUAUUUCAUUACGCACUGCAUGUCUGAUUGAUUAUUAAGCAACCUUAUGAAGCAAUGAGCUCACUUUUCCUUGA